CCUACGGUUUAGCUCCCUCCUACCACCUCCUCUCCUCUCUCAUAGUCUUGUCAUUAUGUUCUCUUUGCGGACAGCGCAGCCCGUGCAGUCUUUUUUCCGUCGCGCUACGGCGUCGACAUCUUUCGUUCGCCCUUCGGCCCCUGCGCGAUCGUUCGCCAGCGUCCAGUCCGACAUCUUCAAGCCCACCAAGUAUGGCGGCAAAUACACUGUCACUCUCAUUCCCGGUGACGGUAUUGGUGCCGAGGUCGCCGAAUCGGUAAAGACUAUCUUCAAGGCCGACAAUGUACCCAUUGAGUGGGAACAGGUCGACGUCAGUGGUGUGGACACGGGCAACAAGCACUCGGAGGAGCUGUUUAAAGAAUCCAUUGCAUCGCUUCGCCGCAACAAGCUGGGUUUGAAGGGUAUCCUUUUCACCCCCGUCGAGCGUUCGGGUCACCAGUCGUUCAACGUCGCUCUGCGCCAAGAGCUCGAUAUCUAUGCCUCGAUUGUCUUGAUCAAGAAUAUCCCCGGCUACGAGACUCGCCACAAGGAUGUUGAUCUCUGCAUCAUCCGUGAGAACACAGAGGGUGAAUACUCCGGCCUCGAGCAUCAGUCUGUCCAGGGUGUUGUUGAGUCGCUUAAGAUCAUCACCCGCGCCAAGUCCGAGCGUAUCGCCAAGUUCGCUUUUGGCUUUGCCCUUGCCAACAACCGGAAGAAGGUCACUUGCAUUCACAAGGCCAACAUCAUGAAGCUUGCCGACGGUCUGUUCCGUAGCACCUUCCACAAGACCGCGGAGAACUACCCUACCCUGGAGGUCAACGACAUGAUCGUCGACAACGCUUCCAUGCAAGCUGUCUCUCGGCCUCAGCAGUUUGACGUCAUGGUCAUGCCUAACCUUUAUGGUGGCAUUCUCUCCAAUGUCGGCGCUGCCCUUGUCGGUGGUCCAGGUCUUGUUCCUGGCGCCAACAUGGGACGCGACGUCGCUGUCUUCGAGCCUGGAUGCCGUCACGUUGGUCUGGACAUCAAGGGCAAGGACCAGGCUAACCCCAGUGCUAUGAUCCUGUCUGGUUCCAUGCUUCUCCGCCAUCUCGGUUUGGACGACCACGCCAACCGUAUCUCCAAGGCUGUGUACGACGUGAUCGGUGAAGGCAAAACAAGGACUCACGACAUGGGUGGUCAGGCCACCACUCACGAAUUCACCAGAGCUGUCUUGGACAAGAUGGAGACUCUGUAAACUUUGGGAUACCACUUUAGUUUUCUUGCCGCUACUACAAUGAUGAUGAGGGCUUAUAGGUCAGCCAUGGAGGGACUUUGAAAGAAAAACUCUCUUCAUUGAUUACUUGGGGGUACUCCAUCUUUCUAUGUAUUAUCCUUCACCCUAACAUCAACUAGAACGUCCUGCCGACUAUCAAAACGAUGGAAUAGGAUAUGUAAGAUUAUAUCCACCUAUAUAUACAUUCUUGUUUUGCGAACCAAAAGAACGUGUCUAUGUAUCAUUUCAUCUUAUCAUUAAAGUGACUAUGUAUUUCUAUUUCAUAUCGGGU